CUGGGACACUCKGAAUGGGACCACAAACGAGGGCCAAGGGGCUCACAGUCUUCAGGAACCAGUAUUACUGUGGAUAUUGCUGUGAUGGGCGAGGCGCAUGGCCUCAUUACCGACCUCCUGGCAGACCCUUCUCUGCCCCCAAAUGUGUGCACGUCCCUGAGGGCUGUGAGCAACCUGCUCAGCACGCAACUCACCUUCCACGCCAUUCACAAGCCCAGAGUGAAUCCUGUCGUUUCCUUCAGUGAAAACUACACCUGCUCGGAUUCUGAAGAGAGCGCUGAAAAAGACAAACUGGCUAUUCCCAAGCGCCUCAGAAGAAGUUUGCCCCCUGGUUUGCUGCGACGAGUUUCAUCAACUUGGACAACCACCACUUCAGCCACAGGUCUGCCCACCUUGGAGCCUGCCCCAGUUCGGAGGGACCGUAGUUCCAGCAUCAAGCCUCAUGAUGCACCUUCUCCCAGUGCUAUUAAUUCAGAUUCUUGGAAUAACCCAGUGAUGAUGACCCUCACCAAAAGCAGAUCCUUCACUUCAUCCUAUGCUGUUUCUGCAGCUAACCACGUAAAGGCUAAAAAGCCAAAUCGACCAGGUGCCCUCSCUAAAAUUUCACCUCUUUCAUCGCCCUGCUCCUCGCCUCUCCAAGGGACUCCAGCCAGCAGCCCUGUCAGCAAAAUUUCCACAGUGCAGUUUCCAGAAUCUGCUGACACAACUGCCAAACAAGGGCCAAGUUCUCACAGGGCCUUAACCUAUACUCAGAGUGCCCCUGACCUGUCCCCUCAGGUCCUGACUCCACCUGUUAUAUGUAGCAGCUGUGGCAGACCAUAUUCCCAAGGGAAUCCUGCUGAUGGGCCCCUGGAGAGAGCUGGCACAACCACUCUGACAGCAAGCAGAACAGAUGACACUGCCCAAGUUACCUCUGAUUAUGAAACCAAUAACAACAGUGACAGCAGCGACAUUGUACAGAAUGAAGAUGAGGCCGAAUGCCCAACAGAGCCACUGAGGAAAACAUCAGCUUGUGGCACCUACCCUCCAGAGGCCAUGAUAUUCCUGGACAAACCAAUUCUUGCUCCCGAACCUCUAGUCAUGGAGAACCUGGACUCAAUUAUGGAGCAGCUCAAUAGUUGGAAUUUUCCAAUUUUUGAUUUAGUGGAAAAUAUAGGAAGAAAAUGUGGCCGUAUCCUUAGUCAGGUAUCAUACAGACUUUUUGAAGAUAUGGGUCUCUUUGAAGCUUUUAAAAUUCCAAUUAGAGAAUUUAUGAAUUAUUUUCAUGCUUUGGAGAUUGGAUACAGGGAUAUUCCUUAUCACAACAGAGUCCAUGCCACUGAUGUGCUACAUGCUGUUUGGUAUCUUACUACCCAACCUAUUCCAGGCCUCUCAACUGUGAUUAAUGAUCACGGAUCAGCAAGUGAUUCAGAUUCUGACAGUGGAUUUACACAUGGACAUAUGGGAUAUGUAUUUUCAAAAAUGUAUAAUGUGCCAGAUGAUAAGUAUGGAUGUCUGUCGGGGAAUAUUCCUGCCUUAGAGCUCAUGGCUCUGUAUGUUGCUGCAGCCAUGCACGAUUAUGAUCACCCGGGAAGGACUAAUGCUUUCCUGGUGGCCACUAGUGCCCCUCAGGCGGUGCUAUACAACGAUCGUUCAGUUCUGGAGAAUCAUCAUGCAGCUGCAGCUUGGAAUCUUUUCAUGUCCCGACCAGAGUAUAACUUUCUAGUUAACCUUGACCAUGUAGAAUUCAAGCACUUCCGUUUCCUUGUCAUCGAAGCAAUUUUAGCCACUGACCUGAAGAAACACUUUGACUUUGUAGCCAAAUUUAAUGCCAAGGUGAAUGAUGAUGUUGGAAUAGAUUGGACUAAUGAAAAUGAUCGUCUAUUGGUUUGUCAAAUGUGUAUAAAGUUGGCCGAUAUUAAUGGACCAGCCAAAUGUAAAGAACUCCAUCUUCAAUGGACAGAGGGUAUUGUCAAUGAAUUUUAUGAACAGGGUGAUGAGGAAGCCAGCCUUGGGCUGCCCAUAAGCCCCUUCAUGGAUCGGUCAGCUCCUCAAUUGGCCAAUCUUCAGGAAUCCUUCAUCUCUCACAUUGUGGGUCCUCUGUGCAAUUCCUAUGACUCAGCUGGACUCAUGCCAGGAAAAUGGGUGGAAGAUAGCGAUGAGUCAGGAGACACUGAUGACCCAGAAGAUGAGGAGGAGGAAGCAGCAGCAACAAAUGAAGAAGAAACCUGUGAAAAUAAUGAAUCUCCAAGAAAGAAAACUUUUAAGAGGAAGAAAAUCUACUGCCAAAUAACUCAGCACCUCCUACAGAACCACAAGAUGUGGAAGAAAGUCAUUGAAGAUGAGCAGCGGUUGGUGGGCACAGAAAACCAGUCCCUGGACCAGGCUCCUCAGCAGUACUCCUCAGAGCAGAUCCAAGCCAUCAAGGAAGAAGAGGAGGAGAAAGGGAAACCAAGAGCAGAGGAGAGCCUGGCCCCAGAGCCAAACCUGUGACCAUGAACAGAACAAGCUGUGUUUCCAAACUAAAUUUGUCACAGACUUUUUUCAUGCCAGCACAACACUUAGACACAACACUGUAGAAAUAUGAGAAGAUGGGCAAAUGGCUAUUGCAUUUUGGGAUUCUUCGCAUUUUAUGUGUUUAUUUUUACAGUGAGGUACCUUGUUGAAAAACUCUUGCUCAGAGAAGCUUUCACAUUUGCAACACCAGCUUCGACGGAUUUUUUUUUUAAGGAGGAUAUAUAUAUAUAUAUAUGUGUGUGUGUAUAUAUAAGGUCCCACAUAGAUACAUGUACAAACCUUCACACACAUGUGCGUAUACACACAAACACACUGAAAGCCAGGAUCUCUGGCUCCACAAUUAAGUAACAUUCAUAUUAAGAAAUAUAGUGGUCACUGUGAUAUAAUAAAUCAUAAAGGAAAACAAAUCACAAGGGAAAUGGUGCAGCUUAGCAACGAUGUGGUGUAGCAAAUGUAGGUUACCAACUAAGCAGCUUUAGCUCUUCAUACUGAGGGAUAAAAGUUCCAGAGCAUUAUUUGGAUUCUGAUACAUCCUGCCAACACCGUGUGUGUGUGUGUGUGUGUGUGUGUGUGUGUGUGUGUGUGUGUGUGUGUGUGAGAUUGUGUAUUAGUUGAAAGAGUGCUUGUACACAUGUGUGUGUGUAUGUAAAAGACUUUUGUGGGUUUAGUAGUUUGUAGAAUAGCUGUAGCAGAUGUCUCAGUACAUGUGAACAAGAGAAGGAAGUUCACUCUGGAGUGUCUUUGAAAGGCAGUCAUUCCAAAUGCCCUCCUCCAAUUUAGCUUUAAUAAAGGCCUCUUGGCAGAUGGAGGGCAUUCAUGGGCCAUUUGAUGGAUACUACUGCUAUACACCACUUGGAGGCGCUGUACCACCAGCCUCAAACCUGGAAGACGAAGGCAUUUUCCAGUCUACUAGCCUAAUGAAUGUAUAGGAGCCGUUUGUGAGUGUGGGCACUCACAGAAGAUCAAAACACCAUUUAAGGGAAUGGCAUUCUUUAUACAUAAACACCUAAAAGGAACUGGAGUCAGGUGGUUUCAUCAGGUGAGAGUUCUAAAACGAUGCCAGAGAAGGCCUGGGAAAUUAUAUUUAACAAAGAUCUCCUGUGCCUCCUUAAUUUGCUGCAAAAUGUGUAGUCAAAAAUGAAAAGACAAAUGGAAACCCACUGUGGGUUAUAUAGCAAGAGAUGAGGGAUAAGAUGGCAACCUAGGGUUAGGGCGUUGACAUAAAGAAAGCCUGAUCUUGGCAACUUUUAAAGGUUGACUUUGGGGUUGAAGGUCAGGCUGUACCCCCUGUUGUGGUAUUUCUAAUGCUGUGCCAUGGGGUAGUUUCCAUCUCAGUCUGGCACAUUGUCAUGCUUUUUGGCAGGGAAGAUUACUGAGGGAUUGUUUAGGGACUGGGCUGUUAUUGAAAGUCUUUUUUUUUUUUU